CGAUAAUCCGGCGGCAGUUUCGCGGCGACACCAGCGAAACCACCACUCGCGCAGUUGCCAAUAGAAGUAGAAAUAGAAAUACCAACACGUCGAGGGAACGAUACGCUCUAUACCGCUCUAUACGCAGUCCGUUGAGGCAAUUUGCACGCUCUCUGUCGCAACGUCAUCGUUGGCAGAGGACAGGACCCACCUCACCGUGCGCAAUUCGAUCAACAUCACUCGACCCGUUGCCAGCGACACAUUCGAUAUUCCUACACCCGUAGAUCUUCUCUAGAUCUGUUCAUUCGCAGUACUCUCUUCCCACUCUCGCGGUCUCGUCGCCCACGACGAUCGGCUCUUUCCCAGCUUGUCCCUUUUUCAGCCCUUUCUCGCCCUUUCUCCCUCUUCUGUCGCGGCAACUCUGCCCUAGACGCGGAUCCCCGAUCGACGAUCUGCACUCCGCGGCGCAUCAAGAAUGGCUUCGAACCGGAACAUCCUAGAUUCGCUGACGUGCAGACAAGUGUUGAACAUCAUGGUGAUACUUGGUUUCAUGCUAAACUAUAUGCUGCGCGUCAACAUGACGAUCGCCAUAGUGUCGAUGGUGAUGCCGAGCAACGAUACUUCGCCACACUCGAACAGCAGCGAUAGACCCGGCAUGAGCGAGUGCUUCGACCGUCGAGUCACCGCAAACGUUACCUCGUUCGACACUGGUGGAUCAACGAGCACGGUCGACCCUGAUUCUGCUGCAACCUCGUCCCUUUAUCCAGCGCGUACAACGCACGAGGAAACCAAUCGGACGAAAUUCCCGUGGAACGAGUACCAGACCAAUCUGGUGUUGGGUAGCUUCUUCUGGGGCUACGUGUGCACCGAAUUGCCAGGUGGACGCCUCGCUGAAAUAAUAGGGCCUAAAAGGGUGUUUGGAUACAGCAUGUUGGUAUCCAGCGCCAUCACUUUCUUAACGCCUCUGUCGGCCACCUACGGCUAUGUCGCCGUCGUUGUCUUGAGAACGCUGAUCGGAUUCAUGCUGGGAGCUACCUGGCCAGCCAUCCAGCCGAUGACCGCUCGGUGGAUACCACCGACCGAACGUAGUAAAUUCGUUUCGAACAUGAUGGCCUCGUCGCUCGGGGCAGCGAUAACGAUGCCGGUUUGUGGAUUUCUAAUCGCUUACCUCGGAUGGGAAUCCGUGUUCUACGUAACCGGGACGAUAGGCCUCGCGUGGAGCGUAGCUUGGUUUCUUUUAAUAUUCGAUUCCCCCCGCGAACAUCCGAGGAUCACGAUCGAAGAGCGCCGAUACAUCGAGGACUCGAUCGGUUCUACUUCUACGACCAAGCGAUUGCCCGUCCCGUGGAAAUCCAUCCUCCUCUCGAUCCCCGUUUGGACUAUCGUAGUCACUCACACGUGCAGCGUGUUCGGUUACUUCACCCUUGUUAAUCAACUACCAACGUACAUGAAGUACAUCUUAAAUUUCAACAUCAAAGAGAACGGGCUGCUAUCGUCCUUGCCGUACUUUGGUAAAUACAUAUUCGCCGUCGCAACAUCUUCCUUGGCCGACUACCUGUUCAGAACUAACAGACUGUCAGUAACGGCUAUCCGUAAAAUUUUCACCACUUUCGCUGUAUUGAGCCCGGGGCUGUUGAUGAUCGUACAAGCGAAUUACGGAUGCGACCGCGCUACGUCCGUGUCGAUCUUCACGAUCGCUUUGACGAUCAACGGCGCGGUGACUGCUGGAUACCUCGGGAACAGCUUGGACAUCGCGCCAAACUUUUCAGGCACCAUUUUCGGCAUAAUGAACACGCUCGGUUCCUUAGGCGGAUUCCUCAGCAGCUACAUGGUCGGCACCAUAACCUACAAGAAUCAAACCUACGCUCAAUGGAGCAAAGUCUUCUUGGUACUGGCAUUCACUUAUUGCUGCGGCGCCCUCUCGUUCGCCAUUUUUGGCAGCGGUCAGUUGCAAACGUGGAACAACCCCGAGCAGAGACGAGAAGAUCAACGAACCAAAAUAGUAGACGUUGCCGAUCAACCGGAAGAGUUCCUCCCGCUGAAAGACAAGACCAAGACUGUACCUUGAUCACGUAACGGGGAAUAUCAAACAAAUACAAUUAUAAUUUUAAUGGAUCUGUGCGAAAUACCUACUAGAAAACUGCAUAGAAACGUUCUCUUUGUAUUUUUGAAAUACAGCAUCGAUAAAAUGCGUGUUUAGAUACAUCUCA